UGUCAAACACAGCAUACAAUACGUUGAAGUUAUUCUAGACUCGAGAUACUGUUUGCCAGUGUCGACAACAUCCACGUGAGUUUAGAACGAAAGAGAACUUCACAAAGAACGUAUCGAUUCAUGCGAAAUAUAUUUUUCGAAGCGUUUUCUUUUAACAGUCCUUUCGUAUGAUACUUUAUCACUGUCCUCUAUACCAUUCUCCUUUUUUGUAAGACAAUUACAUCGUCAUCUGGUGAAAGUUCCGUUUCCUUUCCCGUGGUACGACUUGCACAUUUAUAUUUGCAUACUUGCUUACAUUCGAAGGCAUAUUCAGUAAGAAAAAGGCAUUUGGUAUUUGUAAACAUCGGAUAAAGUUCAAUAUGACUGGUACAACUACCACAGAAAAGUCAGCUAAUAAUCCUUUGGAACAGUUUGUGCUACUUGCAAAAACUGCCAAAGGAGCAGCUGCUAUAGAGCUUAUUAAACAAGCGGUAGAGACACCAGGUGUUCAUGUAUUUGGAGAAUUAUUAGAUAUGCCUAAUAUCAAAGAACUUGAAAAUGGGCCUUACGUUCAAUAUUGGAAUACUCUGAAUUUAUUUGCAUAUGGCACGUACAAAGAAUAUUUAGAAAACAAAGACAAGGUUCUAGAAUUGACUCCUACUCAAAAGAAAAAACUUCAGCAUCUAACAAUCGUAACAUUAGCUACAAAAUCUAGAUGCAUACCGUAUUCUGUAUUGUUGGAAGAAUUAGAUAUAAAGAAUGUUAGAGAUUUAGAGGAUUUAAUAAUAGAAGCAAUUUAUGCAGAUAUAAUACAUGGCAAAUUGGAUCAAAAAAAUUCACAAUUAGAGGUAGAUUAUGCUGGUUUAGGACGUGACGUUAGACCUGCUGAUACAGGUGUAGUGGCUGAAACAUUAGCCGCUUGGGGUCAAGCUUGUGACACCGUAUUAGCGUGUAUCGAAGAACAAGUUACAAGAGCAAAUGUAGAAAAACAAAAGGCCACAUAUCACAAAGAAAGAAUACAAAGAGAUAUUGCUAACAUAAAAAAAUCACUUGCUGCACAAGCCGGAGGUGGUGGUGUGCAGGAAGCUGAUAUGGCAGGAGGUAGUUCAGGAUCAGGAGGAAGUGAAUCAAGUAGGGAAGCAUUAUCAGCUCCGCCUGAUGCAAAGAAAAAGCAACAGAAGGUCAAAGGUAUUAAAGGAAGUGGUGUUCCAGUACGAUCAACGACCAGCCUGCCAGUCCAAUCAUCCGUGGGGCGAAGAGGAUUUCGAAAUAACACGCAAAACGGUAUAAAGCAAUAUGAGAAUUUUCAAGCGAAUAGAAAAGAACAAUGUGUUUCAUAAUGUUUUCUUGGCGGUACUAUUUUUUUUCCACGUGUUACGUUCUAAUGCAGGCCGAACAGAACAGAAAAGUCUCUCUCCAUGAAAAUGAAACGCAAUUUUUUUUAAAUACAUUUCUUUCUUUUUAACCUUCCAUUUUUUUCUUUUUCUUUUUUUUUUUAGCGCAUAUUCUUCCCAAUGUUGCAACCAAACGAGACAUGAAAAUUUUUGAAAUAUUUAUACCGCAAAAUAAUAUAUGCUUCCUACGUGUAAAUUCUUGGUGAAUAUAUAAGGUGUUUCAGAAACGGUGAUACAACUAAACGGAAGGUUAUUCGUAUGCAAACGUAUAAAAAUCUUAAAUAGGAUAUUCUAUAUUCUAGCAGGGAGAAAUGGAAAUAAAAUUCGUUCGUUUGAGGCUUCGUUUUCGAGAGAAUUGAGUUUAAAAAUUUGCCGAGUAACGUGGCUAAUUCUCAUUGGCGUGGAUAGAAUGUUGAAAAACUUUUUAUUCGAAAUUCCGUUUCCUCUGGAAAACGGAGGGCCUCGAACGAAAUGUUAUUUUAUACUUUUCAAUAAUAUCUCCACGUAAAAAUAAUUUUUAACCCGAUUGUUCUAUCCUCAGGCAUCCUGUAUAUGUGUAUACGUGUUUUGAAUUAACGUAUAAGGUUUAAAAAAAAAAAAAAAAAAUAAAAAGAAAAAGGCAAGAGUGGAAUAACAACGUAUCCACGUUCGAGCAGAUAUUUAUAUGCGCGUGUUUUGCGAAUGCUAUCUAAAGAAUUAGUGAAAGCUGCUUUUGUCUUGAAUACUAAUAUAAAAUUGCAUCAGAGGUGCAACGUAAAGAAUUAAAAAAAA